GCGAAAAUGAAAGGCGCGGGUAAAAACUAAUCCAUAAUUAUAAUCUAUAGAUAUGAAAUCGUAUAUGUUUGGAAUUAUCAUCGGCCAGUUAUUAAUCGUUAUGUGUGCGACGGGUCGCUUGUGUACAAUGUUUCUCAUUAUAUUUUUAGGAUGUCUCUUGCACACUCAUUCUGUGUCAGCUUUAUGGUCCUGCUCCCAAGACGCUGACUGCUCAAGCCUCGCUGGAAGCAUCUGCAGUGAUGGCAACUGUCUCUGCCCGCCCGGUACAGAAUCUGUUCUUGGAGGAACAUUGUGUGCUGAAGUGGCCCCAUACCACACGUCAUUCUGUUUAGAAGAUCACCAGUGUUCGAGGCUGAUCACUUCGUUUGAAUGCAGAAGAAGCGGGUUUGAAGGAGGCAACUGUUUCUGCCAACAAGGUUUCCAUUACUACCGGGGUAGAUGUUGGAACUCCAUCGACUUCGGCGAAACGUGUUCGAGGAGUGAAGAGUGCAUGUCGGUCCUCCGGAACCCUCACAGCCUCGUCUGUAAUAGUACUUGCGAGUGUGCUGAGGGAUACUACUUGAGACAGAGAGGAGAGUGCAGGAAGAUUGGGUUCGCUGUCGGUGAUGGUUGCGUCCUGAAUCAAGACUGCCAGUUCCCGAACGCUGCCUGCGACAUCACCACGUUCAGAUGCUACGACACUACUGCUGGAACCCCAGCACCUGUAGCAGAGCCGUCUCUGAUACUCCUUGCGGAGUUGGAGUCUUCAUCACGGCAGCACGGCGCGGCGUGCUCAGGACAGUAUCCUUGCCCGGCGCCGUUCGUGUGCAAUGCUGGAGCUUGUAUCUGCCCCGUGGGUUAUUAUGCAAGCCCUAAUGGCACAGUGUGUUUUGCUGAACUGGGUUCCCCCUCCAGGCCGGAGCAGUGCGUGGGGCUGUUCGCAGAAGUGAGAGACGGCAUCUGCACCUGCAUGGCGAACUUCUUCUUUGAAGAGGAUAUGAGGAACUGUGUUAAAGCCACCCGUCGCAUCACAGACUCGUGCGUGACGGACUCUAACUGCUUCACGUUCGGCGCGGCGGCUCGCUGCGGCGCCCCGCAGGAGCCCUGGUUCCUGAGGAACUGCGAGUGCGACCCCGAGCUUGCUGUGUGGGACGCGGCGAGGAACAUGUGCCGUCUGUUUGUGGGUAUUGGUGAAGGAUGCACUGCGGAUUCCGACUGCCUGGCGGGUGGUAUGGAGAUCUUGUGCGUGAAGAACGCUCAGGGGGAGGGGAUCUGCACGUGUCCCGAGGGACUGACGCCUGUGGACGGACUCUGUCUUACUACUGGACUGGCGCUGAACGACACGUGCCAAGCGACGCGCGAGUGUACCGCGACGCCGCACACCGUGUGUGCGGACGGGCGCUGCUCCUGCGAGCCGCGGUACGCACCCCUCAGCCGCGUCUGCGCACCGCUUCUAAGCGGCACAUGUCUCGAAGACUCGAAUUGUGUAGUCGAAAACAGCGUGUGCCUGAACAACACUGAUGGUCUCACAUGCCAGUGCAGGGAGAACUUCAUAGAGGAGAAGGACGCUUGCUGGCCAGAGGUAUCUGGUUUCGAGUCGGAGUGUGUCGUCUCGGCGCAGUGCACGGAGGCUCUCGGAGUCAACAGCGUUUGCUUCAACGGCAGCUGCACGUGUGCGGACUCCUUCCACCAUCGAGAUGAAGGCUGCUGGCCGAUGACAGGAUUAUUUCAAGCUUGCACGCGUAGAAGCCAGUGUUAUCUGUCCGACAUAUCGGAGCGAGUGACUUGCAGGAACAGCAUAUGUCAGUGCGACUUCAACUUCCCCUACUCUGAGGAAUUAAACACGUGCGUAUCAUCGGCCGGCUCGCUCCUGGCCAGUGCAUCGAUUCUGACAACCGCUUUAAUAUAUUUGUACUCAUUAUGAACGUGAUAUUAUUUAUUUAUUUAUAGUAAUAAAAAUAAUUUAAUUAA